GAAGGUUGUAAUUUUCACAGGAAUUGAUGUGUUUAAGUUUGUUUUGAUUGUGUUGAGUUCGGAUUAUUUUCCAGUUAAAUUGUCUCAAGCUCGAUUUCUCUUGAUGAAUAAAGUUUCGCUGUUGCUCUAGCCGAACCUGCUUAAAAUGUCAAAUGAACUAAUGACGCUUGUAUUUACCACAUACUUUCCAAGUGACUAAUAGGGUUGUGAAUUCCUAUGUAACGCUCUACGAGGAAUAAUGACAUGAUUUCUUCUGAAAUCUGUUUAGUGUAGUGUUGUUUUAGUUAAUUAAUUGUAUGAAGGAGAUUGUGAUGUCUCACAUAAGUUGCCAAAUUCAUAGUAAUAUGAAAAAGUUGUGAUAACAGUGUUGAGUGCAAUGCCUUUCAAGUUUCGCCUUAAAAAAAGUCGACAAUACAAUGUUGUUUCCAAAUCUUUAUUUGUCAUUUGUGUUGAACUGUUGGAUGGAGCUACAAUUGAGUGUACACUCUCCUCUGAGAGUGUUGGGAGAGAAUGUCUUGACAAUGUUUGCCAGAGGUUGGGACUUCAGCAGCCUGAAUUUUUUGGACUUCGUUACGUGAACAGGCAUGGAGCCCCGAGGUGGGUAGAAAUGGAGAGACCAGUUAAGAAACAGUUAGAUAAAUAUGCUAAGGAACCUAAUUUAUACCUCCGAGUUAUGUACUAUGUAAAUGGAAUUAGUCUAAUUCAGGAUGAAAUGACCAGGUACCAUUAUUUCCUCCAACUGAAAAAAGAUGUAAUUGAAGGGAGAAUCAACUGUACUUUGAAACAAGCCACUACACUAGCAAGUUAUUGCAUGCAAGCUGAAUUUGGAAAUCAUGAUCUGGAAAGGCACACUGCUGAAUAUCUUAAAGAUUUCGCACUAUUUCCUACGCAUUUGCUACAAGAAGGUCAUUUGGAAACAUUGACAAAAGCUGUGAUAUUGCAACAUGCUGAAUUAGCUGGUCUUCCGCAAGGAACUGCUGAAGAAUACUAUAUUUUAGCAGCUCAACAAUUGGAGGGAUAUGGACAGGAAACAUUUCUUGCUAAGGAUGACUGUGGAAAUGAAGUCGUUAUAGGUGUUGCCCUCAUAGGUAUAUACGUUAUGUAUGACAAUAACAACCAUCACCAACCAAAGAUAUACCAGUGGAAGGAUAUCACAAAUGUCAUUAAUCAUAAAAGACAUUUCGGUAUGGAGCUUCAUGAACAAGCUGACCCUGUACAGUUUCAGUUGCCCGAUAUUGAAACAGCUAAAUAUAUCUGGAGAAUGUGUGUCCAUCAACACACAUUCUUUGUUCAAAACGAAUCAGCUUCUUCAUCUGAACCAGUUAAUACCACACAGGCUGUACGAAAUUUAUUUUCACAGUUAAGAAAUGAUGAUGGGCAAGUAGCAAGUAGUCAUGAGGAAUUAGAUCGAGUAGACAAUGUACCUGUCGAAAGGCUAAGAGCUCAGUCGACUUCUUGUUUAGAUUUAGCACAUUCUAGUCGGAAUGAUAUUGACAGGCUUAGAGCGAUGCUUCCGUCUUAUCGACCUGCACCUGACUAUGAGACAGCAAUACAACAGAAGUAUAGGGGUCAUGCUGUUCUCUAUAGUAGUCAACCAGAGAUACAUCAAACCAAUCUUCAUGAGAAUGUCAUUAUUUCUGAUAUGAGAUCUUACGGAAAUGCUUACAAACACUUCCCCGAUGUUGCUAGAGUGGACAGGGUUUAUGUUGAGCAGCCUGAAGAAAAUCACAGGCCACAUAACUUACCUACUCUGCACACAUAUAGCACUCCUGAUUUGGACGGUAACGAAGGUGGAGUGGUGGUCCAGCUUUACAAGCCCCCUCCACCGUACAGACCAAACAGUAACUCCACCCCAGACCUUGCUUCACAGCCCCUCCAACCUACGCACACAUUUAUCAGCACGCAGCACUUGGACGAUGUUGGUGGAAACAAUAUCGUCUACUACAUGGGAAGAGGGAAUGCUGUACUCCAUCAACCUUCCGGGCAGCCUCAGCCAGCAAUGAGGCAGUUCUCUCACAGGCAAGAACCGAUUUAUGAGAACAUCCCCCUCAAUUGGACUCCUGAAGGCAAUGAACCAAGAAGCCGUGCUGCCAGCAUACAGUCCGCACCUGAAAUGAGAAUACCUCAAGAGCAGUUCAAAGCGAACCAGCAUCAAAACCAUCAGCCUCCUCAGCACAACCAUCAACCCCAACACAACCACCAGUCGCCCCAACAAAAUAUCCAGAACAACCACCAGCCUCAGUCGCAGCAGGCCAUGCAGCAUAACCACCAGUCCCAAACACAGCUCAACCAGCAAUCGCAUCAGCUUGUUGCGCUCCAGCCAUCCCAGCAGCAGGGGUCGUCACCCAGCCACGACAGGAUUCAUGGCUUCAAUGUUUCUGUUGAUUCUUCAACGAGGAGCAGCGAUGGUUCGCAGAGUGGCACUCUCGGGAAGACUGGGAAGGGCAAGGGGAGGAAAUGGGCAAACUUACUUGGCUCUGGUGGGAAGAACAAACAGGCAACGUUACCCAAGCAGAGUGAGUCCAUCAGGGUUCCACUCCCUACGACGAUAACCAAAGAGGCCAUGUGUCAAUUGCUGGAAAAAAAACUUUUAGAUUAUCCUCGUAGUACACUAUUCUUAGAGUUUGAAAAAAUUGGAAAACAGAAAAAUAACUGUGAUUUUGCCACUGCCUCUUUAUCCGAGAAUAUUGCGAGGAACAGAUUCAAUGAUGUUCUUCCUUAUGAAGAGACCCGAGUGAGGUUAUCUCCCAGUAAAGAAAACAAAUAUGGUUACAUAAACGCUUCACACAUCACUGCUACAGUUGGAACACAGCAAAGGUUUUACAUUGCUGCUCAGAGCCCGCUGACUUCUACCAUCAGAGAGUUUUGGCAGAUGAUUUGGGAAUGUGAAGUGUACCUGGUUGUGUCCUUGCCUGCUCCAGGAGAAGAGAUUGCACCGUAUCUCCCUACCCCAGAUAGGAUUCUCCACGCAGGAAAGUUCGAGGUUAUGUGCCAAUUUUCUCAAGCGACUGGACAUUGUGCGACAAGUAAAUUGAGAAUUCAGGAUGUGGACAGCAAGUCUUUCAGAGGUAUUUGGCACCUUCAGUACACUGAGUGGGGCCAUCAGGGGUGCCCUAAUGCUGUCCCACAUUUCUUAGGUUUCUUGGAGGAGGUAAGCUCUGUGAGACAGCACACUAUGACUGAGAUACCUGGUGGUCAUAACAGAAACCCACCGGCCCUGGUUCACUGCAGCAGUGGUGUCGGUCCCACGGCUGUCACCAUACUCAGCGACCUGCUUCUCUUUACAAUAGACCACAAUCAGGAACUCGAUAUCCCAAGAGUUGUGCACCUCCUGCGUCAGCAAAGGAUGUUAAUGAUACAGAAUAUAUCACAAUACAGUUUUGUACAUAGACUAUUGAUAUACUAUUUGAAAAAUUCAAGGCUUAUCUAAGUUUAGGUUUUGUUAUAUUUAAGAAAUGAGUGGCAUAGCAUUAAAAUGUAUAGCUAGACUGUUAAUAAUGACAGUCAACCAUUAUAUAAGACUAAUAUUGUUAUGAUAAACAACCUUAUUUAGGUUAUUCAUUUUUUUGUGAGAUUUUUAUAUUAAUAUUUUUAUUUAUUUUUUUUAUCUAUACAAAAAGGAAACAAUUUAUAUAUGACUGCCUUUUAAUAAUAAUAAUAAUAAUUAAAGAAUCUAUUGAAUAGGAUGACCAAUUGAGGACUGGAAUUUACAUUAAUAGCAAUCCAAUUUGUUUUUGAUGCACUGAAUAUUUCAUGUGGCGAUAGUUUUUUUUUCAUACAUGUCUUUAUUCUCUCUGCUU